GCCGGUGUGGGACAGUGUGUGAUGGUUGCGUCCAUGGCUUCCUGAAUAACAGAAAGAAAGCAGAGCUUAGCUACCAAGACGUGCCACACGUGAAACUACAGCAUGUUGCAGGGGCAGCGCGUUAAAACAGCUCUAAAACGGCAUUUGAAGAACAAACAAUUGACGGAGGAUGGUGAGUUUUGGAGGCUCGUUCAAACGGCAGCUAACGCUCACGCGUACGUGCGUGCCAAGCUAGUAACCCAAAAAAUAAUUGAAUUCAACGGACGAGAUGAGCAGCCUUUCCCAGCAGUGGAAGACACAGAAUUGGCCGAGUGCUUUCUCACGUUCCAGCGAUGUACUCUCACAUCCAAAGUCUCCUUAAAGAAGACAUAUCAUCCUCUGAAAGUGUAACCCCCCCCCUUUAUUCAUCAAUUACUCUUUUUAUUAGUAAGUACCUAUUUUUUGGGUCCACUGGCAGUCAAAGGACCUUGGAAUUUUCUCCUUUAUACGGUACACCUGGCCAAUAGCACUCUUUGUAUAAUGUAAUAAUGUAUAAUUAAUCCAUCUGAUCGGUACCGGUAUCGGACGAUUUCAGUCCUGGAUGAUCGGUAUCGCAGCAUAAAACCCUGAUGGGAGCAUCCCUGGUACGUAAUCAUUGGAGUUAUUGACGAGAUUGGAGCUGUUGAUGGGCUACUUUAGUGGUCUACACUUCCGGUGGACCAGCCAGGAUGCUUUUCAUGCUGUGCUUAUGUUAAAUAAUCGUGUGAGCCACUUUUAACAAACACAAAUGAUUAGACGAGGUGUUAUGAGUGCAUCUGUUAGCUUAGCUUCUUUAGCCCCUGAACACAUUUUUGAAGGGGGAGCCUGGAAGUCGUCUUUUUUGUAAAUUCUUACACUAAAAAUGAAAAAACAAUUUUCUCAAAACCAUGGUGGUCAGCAAUGUUCUCCCAAAUUUUUCAGACAUGCAAACAACCUGAGCGUUCCUCGGAGCUCAAUCAGACGUGCACACUGUAGUAUCACACUUGUCCCAAACCUGAGAGCUGAGGUAGUCCAGCUUCCUUCCUGUGGUGUUUAGUGUAUGAGAGGGUGGAAAAGGACAGCAAGGCGUAUUUCACAAGCUAGCUUUCUUUACUGGCAUCUCAUCCCAUUCAUCAUCCCAGUCUCGUAGGAAACACCUAGUUUGUCAUUUCAUUUUCCUUUUUGUCUUGUUUACCAUUGAUUCUGUUCAUCAUGGAGAGAGUGUUCCCUCAUUUAUGGUGGGGGAUAGGUUCCCAAAAUACCCGCAAUAAGUGGAAUCUGCUAAGUAGCCAACUGUAUUUGUUUCCAAUGAUUCUACUUGUAUAUGCUUUAAGGCUGUAAAACCUUCACCGUACACUUGAUACACUUUUCUCAGACAUACGUUAACAUUUUCUCACAUUUCUCUUGUUUAGACACUUUCAAAGAAGUCCAAACCUGCGUUUGACUUUUAAUGAUCAACCUGCAGGUCGGACACAAGAAAUUAUUAAGUGACUCACGCGUAUUUCACUCCCGUGACCGUGACCGUGGGCGGCAGGAGGCACAAGGAGGCCGCAACACACGACUUAGCAAGCCGCACGCAGCUCUCGGAACUCCGCUGCCCCGUUAGCAAAACAGCAGCAUGUACUACGUAACGUAAAGACGUAAUGAAUUGAUACGUGCAAACGGGAUGUUAUCAUUGGCUGGGCAGUGUUGGCCAUCGUGUUCUUCUGUAUGGUCUUACUGCCCGUUGUCGCCUGUCACUCACAGUUGCAUCGCAAAAUGCUACAGAAUAAAUGUGUUUUUUUGGGUUUUUUUACAAAAAGUCCCAGGAACGGGCAGGCAGAGUUCAUGUAAAAAGCAGAGGAGAAGAGUUCCUGAAACACCAACUGCUGCCAUCACCUCUGGCGGGUGUGUGUGGAUAAGCAUCCUUUCCUCCUGUAGAAACACUCAAACAAAGUACCUGUAGUAGUAGUGCCGGUUCACAGCACAAGUUAUGUGAAGGACGCCCCCUCAGAGCACCAGCUGAGCUCGCUGAUUACCAUCUCAACCGCACAUAAAAAAAGAUGUUGAGUCGGAAUGUUUAAGUGUGUCAAGCCGAGCCGUUUCUUGUCGGGUGCGAGCGGAAUGUUUAAAGCUGUCGGUCUGACUGCGGCUUUGUCAGCCACGCGUGGACUUGCUACAUAGCCGAGUUGAGCCGAGCCGGGCCCGCCUUCCAGAACCGCAAUGCACACUUGUUUGAAUUCUCCCUCCAUCGCUGCCAUCUCAGACUUUGAUGUGCCCACAAAGCAGUGCGAGUGUGACUAGCCUGCGGGCAUCGUGACUACGAACACAAAUCAUACUGAAGAGGGGGAAAGGAGCUGGUGCUAGUGCUUUUUUCCCUGCCCAGAUGGCCCAGUGAUGACAAAUGUCCCCACAUUAAAGGUCUAUGGAAAUGCAGGACCUAGCCAGUCCUCACAACCGCGUGGGAGGCGGGGAUUCGACGGGCUCCAAGCUGGACAAGAACAACCUGGGCAGCCCUUCCAUCACCACCAAUGGAACAGGAGGUGAAAACAUGACCGUUCUAAACACGGCUGAUUGGCUGCUGGGCUGCAGCAGCCCGCCCCCAGCGCCCGCCUCCAAGGACUAUGUGAAAACAGAGCCCAUGAACAACAGCGAGGCGGUCACCACGACAGGCGACGCAGCUCUAGACUCCUACGGCAGCUCAGUCAUCACCAGCAGCGGAUACAGUCCUCGCUCCGCACACCAGUACUCUCCUCCUCUCUACCCGUCUAAACCUUACCCACACAUCCUCUCCACACCGCCUGCCCCGUCCAUGCCGACUUACGCGGGCCAGCCCCAGUUCAGCAGCAUGCAGCAGUCUGCCGUCUACACGUACUCUCAAACGGGACAGGCCUAUGGACUGUCUGGCUACGACCUGGGCGUGAUGCUGCCAGGCAUCAAGACAGAGAGCGGCCUGGCGCAGAGUCAGUCUCCUCUCCAGACGGGCCUGAGUUACAGCCCCGGCUUCACCACGCCUCAGCCCGGACAGACGGCCUACUCGCCCUACCAGAUGCCAGGUUCAAGUUUCACCCCCUCCUCAGGCCUCUACGCCACCAACAACUCCGUGUCCAGUCCCACCAACUACACUGCUGCUCAGCAGGACUACCCCUCGUACACAAGCUUUGGCCAAAACCAGUACGCCCAGUAUUAUUCCGCCUCCACGUACGGGACGUAUAUGACCUCCAGUGGUGUGGAUGGGACCGGCUCCACUGCAGCCUACCAGCUGCAAGACCCCGCCCCUGCUAUGACGGGCCAGGCUGCAGAACUCCAUCCAGGGGACUUUGAUGCGGUGCAGAGGCCCUCCACGCCCAUCAAGGACCUGGAUGAUCGAGCCUGUCGGAGUGGCGGGUCCAAGUCGCGAGGCAGGAGCCGCAAGAACAACCCCUCUCCUCCCCCAGACAGUGACCUGGAGAGGGUUUUUGUGUGGGAUCUGGAUGAGACCAUCAUUGUCUUCCAUUCCUUGCUCACGGGCUCCUACGCACAGAAAUACGGCAAGGACCCCCCCAUGGCCGUCACGCUGGGUCUGAGGAUGGAAGAGAUGAUUUUCAACCUGGCGGACUCGCACUUAUUCUUUAACGACCUGGAGGAGUGUGAUCAGGUACACAUUGAUGACGUGUCAUCAGAUGACAACGGGCAGGACUUAAGUACUUACAGUUUUGCAACUGAUGGCUUCCAUGCAGCUGCGACCAGCGCCAACCUGUGCCUCGCUACGGGCGUCCGCGGCGGCGUCGACUGGAUGAGGAAGCUGGCCUUCCGCUACCGACGGGUCAAAGAGUUGUAUAGCACGUACAAAAACAAUGUAGGGGGUCUGCUGGGUCCUGCAAAGAGGGAUGCUUGGCUGCAGCUCCGAGCCGAGGUAGAGGCUCUCACCGACUCCUGGCUCACUCACGCCCUCAAGUCGCUGUCCAUCAUCAGCUCCAGGAGUAACUGCGUCAACGUGCUGGUGACCACGACGCAGCUCAUACCGGCGCUCGCUAAGGUUCUCCUCUACAGUCUCGGUUCUGUGUUCCCCAUUGAGAACAUCUACAGUGCGACAAAAAUAGGAAAAGAGAGUUGCUUUGAGCGCAUAAUGCAAAGGUUUGGCAGGAAAGUAGUGUAUGUUGUAGUGGGGGACGGUGUGGAAGAGGAGCAGGCGGCCAAAAAGGUAAAUGGACCUUACUGUGGCCCCGCCCACUGGGUGCAGUGUGAGCUUUAUGAUUGGAUGAAGGCUGCCUGUCUUUGCUGUAGAGGUGUACUGAUACUUUAGUCCUUUUUGCUUCAUUUCCCCUCACUUGCUGUGGUUUGUUGUCAGUCUUGUGCAACUAAAACUCAAUGGUUGUAUUUUUGAACAAUCUGGUUUGUGGGUCCUGCUUUAAGUUAGUGUUAUAGUUUUGCUCUGUAUGUGCAAAAAUGCAGUUUUCUCCAGUUAGAGUUAGUGGGUGUCGGGAUUGUUGGUGUGAGUGCUGAAUUGCUUUCAUGCCAAGAAUGUUUCAGCAGGAUUAUGUUCAAAUAUACAUUUCACAUGGUCAGGUCUCCCCCCCCCCCCAGAAUUUAUUGAAACAUAACUUAAAACGGGCAAAAUCUGUAGAAUAAAAAAGGUGGAAAAUGAGGAUUUGGGCUUUAGCCGAGGUCUGCAUCCCAUUUAGAGAUCACUUGGCAAGAAAGCAAACAUUUCCCCAAACGCUUACGGAGCUUUUAGGACCGCAUGGACUUUGUUUGCAGUGUUUGUUGCAGAGUUUACAUCCAGCAUCAGCUUGUUCUUCAGUGUUUGUGUACUCU